AUGGCUUCAUCUUCAAGACAGAAUAGAAAUAUUCAUGUGUCUGAACAUAUUUGGGAUGGUCGGGAUCAUUCUAUUUUGAAGGUUAGGAAGAGUCAAUUUAUUCCAGCUGGUUUGGAUGAUGUUCCAGAGGAGAUUCUUCCACAUUUAGAGCUUGCAGGAUUUACUGGGAUUGCUCACGAUGUAUCUGUGUUGUUAGGUUUACGAAUUGAUGGAAGGCACGUGAUGGCACCUAUUGGAGUUAAUUAUGCUGAUAUUGUUGAGGAGAGCCUAGGUAUUAGACCAUCACGUGCAGAUUUUGUUGGUAGCUUCUUGAAGACGAGUUGGCUAGACCAACAUUUUACCCAUGUGGCGAUGCAUGCACAGAAUCCUUUACAGAUCACCAGAUUUGCUAGGGCUUAUAUGUUGCGGUUAAUUGGGGGUUUUAUGUUGAGUGAUCACUCCAGCAGUAGAGUCUCAGUGAGGUACUUACCUUUACUUCAGGAUUUUGCUGUCACUUGUGAAUAUAGUUGGGGGUCUGCAGUAUUGGGAUAUUUUUAUAGAGAGCUGUGUAUGGCCACCAACAUGGAUCGACAUGGUUUAGGUGGAUUAGCUGCAUUACUUGUGAUGUGGGCAUGGGAUAGGUUUCCAUUUCUAGGUCUUGGAAACCCGCUUCACACACGACUCCAUCUUCCAUAUGCUACUAGGUGGUUGGCCAAUCAAAGCAAUAGGAAAGGGAGGAAAGACAUAUCUUAUUAUAGAUAUAAAUUUGACAUGCUUAGUGGUGAAGAGAUAAUUUGGCAACUAUAUUCUAUUGAUUUGAUUAAUUCAUUACCAGCUAUAUGUCGUGAGGGGAUGGAUUUGUGGAGGGUUGUUGUGCCUCUGAUAUGUUUUCAGGUGUGUGAGUGGCACCAACCAGAUCGAGUAAUGCGACAAUUUGGUAUGGUUCAACAUAUACCUCGUGCUCCUUAUCAGCCAGAUGCACUACAUGAGUUGACUCUGCGUAGGAAGGCAACAAAGAAUUGA